GUUUACGACAGUAGCCGGAAGUAGUGCUCGAGCGUUUCCGGUGGUUUUUGUGGACGCCGCUGACAGACGGGGCGGCGGCCACGGAGCUGCUGGACUAGCGGGGAAAGGGAAACUCUCCAGCCGCAGCGGCUUUGCUCAUUUCACCGUCGGGGAUCGGUCCAUCAUGGCGGCUCACGGAUGGAAGUACUGAUGACAGUCCGGAAGAUCGCCUCGGUUUGUACCAUGGGCGCCAAUGCCUCUGCCUUGGAGAAGGAGAUUGGACCGGAGCAGUUCCCUGUGAAUGAACACUACUUUGGACUGGUGAACUUUGGUAACACCUGCUACUGUAACUCGGUGCUGCAGGCGCUCUACUUCUGCAGGCCGUUUCGGGAGAAGGUUCUGGCCUACAAGGUGCAGCCUCGGAGGAAGGAGUCUCUCCUCACCUGUCUGGCUGACCUGUUUAACAGUAUUGCAACUCAGAAGAAGAAAGUGGGAGUCAUUCCUCCUAAGAAGUUCAUCUCCCGGCUGAGAAAAGAAAACGAGCUGUUUGACAACUACAUGCAGCAGGACGCACACGAGUUCCUCAACUACCUCCUCAACACCAUCGCAGACCUGCUCCAGGAGGAGAAGAACCACGAGCGGCAGCAGAACGGAAAACUGCUGCAGAACGGAGGAGGAGGAGGUGACAGAGGAGGAGAAGGAGGGAAGGAGGUUCAACAGACCUGGGUCCAUGAGAUCUUCCAAGGAACACUGACCAAUGAGACGCGCUGCCUCAACUGUGAAGCUGUGAGCAGUAAGGACGAGGACUUCCUGGAUCUGUCGGUAGACGUGGAGCAGAACACGUCCAUCACUCACUGCCUCAGAGGCUUCAGCAACACAGAGACGCUGUGCAGCGAGUACAAGUACUACUGUGAGCAGUGCCGCAGCAAGCAGGAGGCCCAGAAAAGGAUGAGGGUGAAGAAGCUUCCCAUGAUCCUCGCUCUCCACCUGAAGCGCUUCAAGUACAUGGACCAGCUGCACCGCUACACCAAGCUGUCCUAUCGCGUUGUCUUCCCGCUGGAGCUCCGCCUCUUCAACACAUCCGGCGAUGCCACCAACCCUGAGCGCAUGUACGACCUGGUGGCUGUGGUGGUGCACUGCGGCAGUGGACCCAACCGUGGACACUAUAUUACCAUCGUGAAGAGUCACGGCUUCUGGCUGCUGUUCGAUGAUGACAUUGUGGAGAAGAUCGAUGCUCAGGCCAUUGAGGAGUUCUACGGGCUCACGUCGGACAUCUCCAAGAACUCCGAGUCCGGCUACAUCCUUUUCUACCAAUCCAGAGACUGAAGAAGCUGUGGUGACUCCCACAACAAUAACCUUUGCCCCUUGAGGGGAGGGGCUUAAAGAAGCCCUGGCUGCACUACCUGAUGGGUGAAGCUUUUCAGAAGAGCGCUGCUCACAUGAGCAAAGGCAAGUGCAGGUUUGUGGCAGUGGGAUGAGUCCACAGUCGCAUCGAGACCGUGCACAUGUGAGAGGGUUAAUCAGACCGAGGAGCCACAAUGACCACGUGAAAGCUCACUGAGACGCUGCUACUUGUCCCAGCCUCACAGGAUCAAACGUUCUGACAGCAGAGAGGCUCGGUGCACCACACAGUGUUAGCACUCAGGUGUUCAUGGAGAACCCCUAAGAAAAUCCUGAACCCAGAGGCAGAUUUAUGAACCCAUAAACGGUUUUCCUGCAAAAAAUCCUAAUCUGGACUAAAUAUUUCCAAAUACUUGAAGAAAAUUCUGAACCCUAAAUCUUUACCAGAACUCGUGUCUCUAGAAGAACCCCAAAGAAGCAACUUCUUAACUUUACAGUAACCCAAAAGUGAAAACAUUCUAAAUCAGAGGAAUAAACUUCUAAACCUUGAUGCUCAAAGAACAGUUUCAUGUCACAUGACCCCCAUAAAACUUCUGUAUUUCUGGACAUUUAUGUUGCAGUGAAGAAUGAAAAGCUUGAGGAGA